ACGAAGAAGGAACUGGAAGAUCAUGUUUAAAUUUUGAAAAUUUAGUUCCGAAGUAUUUCAUUCAACAGUGACUUUGCUUUUUGGAUGUAAAUAUUAAACUGAAAUUGAUACAUAAAAUCCAAUUUAGCAAUAUGGAAAUAAAACAAGAAACUAGUGAGAAAACUUGUAAAAUAGAAAGAGAUAAUGACAUGUUGUGUGUUGAUCCUUUGGAUGGCUUCAAAAUUGAAAUAAAGGAAGAACACAAGACAGAAAUUGGUGCAGAUCAAGCAUUUGACUAUUUGAACUUAAAUGAAUUCCCUGCAAACAUUAAAGUAGAACAAGAUGAAUAUAAAUUUACACCAUUUGAAGAAAAGCAAACAAAUGCAGCAAGUUGUUCCCAGGAGAACAAAAAGAAAGUUGGGGCUGGACGAAGCCCCACAAACUGUUUCAAGCAGUUUUCUCAAACAAAUAAUUUGAAAUCACAUUAUUUGAGAAAGCACACUGGAGAAAAAACUUUCAAGUGUGAAAUUUGUUUCAAGCAAUUUAGUGAUGCGAGUUAUUGGAAAAGACAUUUAAGGGUGCAUACUGGAGAAAAACCUCACAAAUGUGAAAUUUGUUUUAAACAGUUUAGUGUAGCGAGUACUUUGAAAACACAUUUGAUGAUUCACACUGGAGAAAAAUCAUACAAUUGUGAAAUUUGUUUGAAGCAGUUUACCCAAGCAUCCGAUUUGAAAAUUCAUUUAAGAGUGCACACUGGAGAAAAACCACACAAUUGUGAAAUUUGUUUCAAGAAGUUUUCUCAAACAGCAAAUUUGAAAAGGCAUUUGAUGAUACACACUGGGGAAAAGCCAUACAAGUGUGAUAUUUGUUUUAAGCAGUUUUCUCAAACAAUUAAUUUGAAAACACAUUUGAGGGUUCACACCACUAAAGAACAGCGGUACAAAAAGCCAUACAAAUGUGAAAUUUGUUUAAAGGGGUUUAUUACUUCAACUGAUUUGAAAAUGCAUUUGAGAAUGCACACUGGCGAAAAACCGCUCAAGUGUGAAACUUGUUUAAAGGAGUUUAUUAGAAGAAGCGAUUUGAACAAACAUUCGGAAAUUCACAGUGAAGAGAGACCUUAUAAGUGUGAAAUUUGUUUAAAACAGUUUUCUCAAGCAAUUCAUUUGAAAACACAUUUGAGAGUGCACACGGGAGAAAAACCGUACAAGUGUGAAACUUGUUUAAAGCAGUUUACUACAACAAGUGAUUUGAAAAGACAUUCAAGAGUGCAUACUGGAGAAAAACCGCACAAGUGUGAAAUAUGUUUUAAGCAAUUUAUUCAAGCAAGUACUUUGAAAAAACAUUUGAGGGUGCAUACUAGAGAAAAACCUCAAACGUGUGAUAUUUGUUUAAAGCAGUUUAUUACUACAAGUGAAUUUAAAAAACAUUUGAGAGAGCACACUGGAGAAAAACCGCACAACUGUGAAAUUUGUUUCAAGCGAUUUAGUGAAGCGUGUCAUUUGAAAAAUCAUUUGAUAGGGCACACUGGCGAAAAACCUCACAAGUGCGAAAUUUGUUUCAAGCAGUUUCCUCAAAAAGAGCAUUUGAAAACACAUUUAAGAGUGCAUACUGGGGAAAAACCACACAAUUGUGAAAUUUGUUCCAAGAAGUUUUCUCAAACAGCAAAUUUGAAAACACAUUUGAGGGUGCACACUGGAGAAAAACCGCAUAAGUGUGAAAUUUGUUUCAAGCAAUUUAAUGGAUCAAAUCAUUUGAAAAGACAUUUAAAAGUGCAUACUGGAGAAAAAUCUCACAAGUGUGAAAUUUGUUUUAAGCGAUUUAGUGAAGCAUGUCAUUUGAAAAAUCAUUUGAUAGGGCACACUGGCGAAAAACCUCACAAGUGCGAAAUUUGUUUUAAGCAGUUUUCUCGAAUGGAUCGUUUGAAACGUCAUUUGGAAAUACACAAUGGACAAAGCCCGUACCAGUGUGAAAUCUGUUUCAAGCAGUUUCCUCAAAAAGAGCAUUUGAAAACACAUUUAAGAGUGCAUACUGGGGAAAAACCACACAAUUGUGAAAUUUGUUUCAAGAAGUUUUCUCAAACAGCAAAUUUGAAAACACAUUUGAGGGUGCACACUGGAGAAAAACCGCAUAAGUGUGAAAUUUGUUUCAAGCAAUUUAAUGGAUCAAAUCAUUUGAAAAGACAUUUAAGAGUGCAUACUGGAGAAAGGCCUUAAGAGCCUACAUUAGCGCGUCAUCAAUAUAACUGUGAGAGAAAUUAUCAUACCCUUUUUCGAAAGUUCUGUGAAACUUUGGUAACAGUGGCAAUGUUUGACAUUAUCUUGAGUAAUAGAAACAAAAUUUUAUUAUCAUUGAAUAAUUAUUUAUACAAAUAAACCAAAAUGGGUGAAAAUUUUAUGUUAACAUAGGUAUUUGCAAGAAAUAAUAAUAAAACAAUAAUAAAUAAUCAUUUCGUUUUGAAGCGAAAUAAGAGCAGUCUUAUUUUAGUUCAUAGAGCGCCAAAAGCACUCUAACUAGUUUCAACCCUUUUUUUAAAAUAGAACUUUAAAUUAACUUUUCCCAUUUUUUCAAAACUAUUGAUAAUAUUUUUAGAAUAAAAAAAUCCUUCUAAAACUUUAUACAGUGUGCUAAUAACCGGCAAAAUAGCGCAAAAGAUGGAAAACGUAUUAAGUUGUGAGAUAAAAAGAAAUGAAACUAGGAAUGAAUUUAAUUCUCUUAAUUCAGUAAUAUAAACGUUAACAUAAUUAUUUAUAAAGGGUUUCCAAAAAAAUUAAUUUUGAAUUACAAUAAUUAGGACAAAAAGAAGAAUUUGUGUAAUUCAUUUAAAUCAAAACACAUCUUAAUGCUGUCAGAAAACGGAAAGAAAUGUUUAGUUGACAAAUAACUAUUGUUUUCGCUUAAAUUCAAUGUUAAAGCUGCCACCUACUUGUCUCUUAGCAGUUUGAACAUUAAAUUUAAGCGAAAAGCAAUGUUUAUUUGUGCAAUAAACAUUUUUACCUGUCUUCUGACAGCAGUAAAACGUAUUUUGAAUUAAAUAAAUUGCUUACAUUCUUCUUUUCGUGUCAAUUAAUUUAAUCAAAAAAACUAUUUUUGGCCACCUUGUAUAAAUAAUUAGGUUAUUGCUUAUAUUACUGAAUAGAGAAUUGAAUAACCUUUCAAAUGGGCUAUCACACAACCCCUACUCUUAUUUAAAAAAGUCAUCGAUUACGUCAUCACGCGCAGAUGGAUGACGUCACUAAUAUGAUAUGUAUGCCAAAAAGUCAUAAUUUCAAAAUAAAAGUCGACCUGUCUUAGAAUUUCUCUACAAAUUCACCAAUUCUCGAGACAAUGAAUUUAUUCCAACUCAAACGUCCUUACUGUAUAAAAUUCACAAUUAACAAUAAUCUAUUUUUUCAAAUAGUCCAACAACUUAGUUCUAUUACACAAAAAUAUAAUAAAUUAAUUAUAAAAUCAACAUUACUGCACUGAACAGAUAUUGAUACAAAUAACAGAACAGAUAAGAGAAUCGUGCUAUUACACUUAUAAAUCUGACGCAGGUUUGUCAAUAUGUCAAAUCAUAUGUUCGAUUUCUUGUUAGAGAUAAAAAAUUUUAGUACAUAGUUCCAAUAUGACAAAAUCUAGGCAUGGGAUAAAAAUGUUUAUUUGAAGAAAGUAUUUUUUUGUACUUAAUGGCGGUACAGGUAGUGCGUGCGUACUGUGGGUGCCGCGGCACUCACAGUUGUGACGGAGGGGCGCUAAAAUUCAAUUUACAUUAUCCAGAAUUUUAUAUAUGAGGCAAAACAAUUGUUAACUAGAAGAGAUACAAAGAAUUGAUUUUUUUUUUAAUAUUUCACUUUGCUCCUUUGAUAUUUUUUAAUAUUGUAGAAAAUAAGUUUAUUAUAAAGUUAGGGGUAGGGGCGGUAAAAUUAGUCUCGGCAACCAUAUUAGAAAUAUGCUGCGCACGCCUGUGGGUACAGGCUCGUUUUUUUAAUAUUGUAUUUAAUUUCCACACACUAACAUAUUUCUCAAGUUGGGCUCUGUACCGCCAUUCUUUACUAUAUUACGAAUAUGUAUGCCCAAUAUCUCUUGUUAUUCAAAAUUAAAGCCGCAAUCUUGGAACGCGUUUUCCGUUUUGAUGAUGCGCUACUGUAGCCUCUUAACCCUCGGUUAGUGUUCUGGAGUAUAACAUUGUAGAUAUUUAGUUUAGAAAUGACUAAAUAAAUUUAUUAUUGGAUUA